AUGUCAGUGGAUAACUUUGGCACAAGUAAGACCUGGAAGAAACCAAACCAGAUCGCAGUCGUCGUACCAGACGAGGUCUAUACUCCUCCAGCUGCAAAAGCCAAGCCACCAAUAAAGAAGAAGAUAAGAGAGGUAGAACGAAUCUAUGAUUUCAAGACAAGGUUAUUCUUUCGCAUAUUUGGCAACAGACUGCUCUCCAAUGCAAUAUGGGCUCAGCUUGGAGAUCUGCACAAACAUCAUACUCCACAUCCAAGUGAAACGCGAUCAUGCCAGCCGCUCAAAGGGAAAGACUGGAGGAGUGUUCCACUGUCGAGGCUCAUCAAGGUUCACUAUGCUCUCUCAGACUUUCUCAAGCGAUGGAUCAGAGAGUCAUCUGACCAGGACAUGAUGAUGGAACUGUUUGAAGUCGCAGUGUCAUAUGGAUGCUUGCCAGUCGUUGAGUGGCUGCACAAAUAUGGAGUUGCCUUUGACCGAGAAAGAAUUAUGUACUCUGCAGCCAUCUCUGGAAGCCUCCCCGUUGUCAAGUAUCUGCACCAGUUGGGGGUUGAUAUAAAUACGAACGCUUUGCAUCGGGCGGCUGUCAAUGGCCACCUGGAGGUCUUUAAGUACCUCGCUCCCACUCUCACCGAGUGCUGCAAUAUCCCAGGGGCUAUGGACUUGGCGGCUCAGAAUGGUCAUUUGGCUAUGGUCCAGUAUUUUCACUCAACAAGGACGGAAGGAUGCACGAGCAAAGCGAUGGACAAAGCGGCCGAGAAUGGCCACCUUGCCGUCGUCGAGUUCCUCCACUUCAACCGAACAGAAGGCUGCACAACCAAUGCGAUGGACAAGGCUACAGGUGAGGGUCACUUUGACAUUGUUCAAUUCCUCCAUUCCCAUCGAACAGAAGGCGGAGAGCCACACACUAUGGAUCGCAUACAUUCGGAAGAUACCGGCAUCGCCUUGAGACGAGUUCGCUUCUUCCACGACAAUCGCACAGAGGGAUGCACGGCAUUACUGAUGGACCGAGCCGCAAUUAUGGGAAACCUCCCCUUGGUCCAAUUCCUCCACUACAACCGGACAGAGGGCUGCACACGUAACGCAGUAGACAACUCCAUCUUGUAUUGUCACUUUGACGUCACUUACUUCCUACUGACGCACCGAACAGAAGGCUGCACCUAUAGGGCAAUGGACCGAGCCGCUUUUAAAGGGUCUUUGAAGAUGGUCCAGUAUCUGCAUCGCAAUCGAACAGAGGGAUGUACUACCAAGGCAAUGGAUGAUGCAUGUGAAAAAGGACACUUGGACAUUGUCCAGUUCCUCCAUUUCAAUAGAACAGAGGGAUGUACUACCAAGGCAAUGGAUCGGGCGGCUAAUAAUGGACAUCUAUCCAUCGUCAAGUUCCUUCACGACAACAGAACAGAGGGAUGCACAACAAGAGCGCUGGACAUGGCAUCAAAACAAAGACAUCAAUCAAUAGUGGAGUUCCUCGAGAGUAACCGAUCAGAGGGGUACUCUCAAAGGUACAGUUGUUGGUAA